AUGGAUUUCCGUCUGGUGCCCCGGGGCACCGACCGAAACUAUACGGGUUUCUUGACGAAGACGAUCGUCUACUCAGGCACUUUGGUGCUCUUCUUAGCUGCUUUUGCCUUGACUAUAUCUUCUAUCGUGAUUCCUCGAUGGGUCAGUUAUCACAGUGAAAAGCCUUCCCAUCAUUACUCCUACGGCCUUCAUCGACGCUGCUCUUCGCUCACGAAUACGUGCGAGCCUUUCCCUGAAAGCCAAGACUGCCAUGGCGAAGACCGGUAUUUCUGCUCCAUGUGGCGGUCGGUCGGGUUCUUGAUGUCCUUUGCUGUAGUGCUUGAGGGCAUGAGCAUCGUCGCGUACAUCAUCGUGCUCGGAGGCGGGAAGCGGUUGCGCGAAAAUGGAUGGCGGAUUCUCAGCCUCUUGAUUAUCCUUUCGGCAGUGGUUCAAGCCGCCGGCAUGUCUCUCGUGGCAUAUUUAUUCGAUAAUGAAGAUCGAUUCUUCGUUGGCUGGCGUCUUGACCAAUCCUGGAUCUUCUGCACUAUCAGUUGGUGCUUCAGUCUGGUCUGCGCGGGCGCGAUCGUGAUUGCGGCGCGGGUGUUGCCGUCCGAAGGAGGAUACGAGCUGAUCCCGGACAACGACGAUUUGAGAGCGACCUUGUGA